GUCGGAUUAAAGCAGGAGUGACCCGUUUUACCACUGACAUGAAGAGAAACUCUUAGUUUUCCUUUAAUUUUUCUGCGUUUUCUUACAGCACUUCCGUACAGCUCUGACACCAUGGCUGCUCCUGAAGAAGACCAUAAAUUCUGUUUUCAGGAGGUGCUCGAUACUUUCAAGUUGUGUCUGUCCGAGAAUAAAGAAGUCUAUGUUGAACACUACGUUGCUGGGUGGCGUGGUCUUGUAAAGUUUCUGAACUCCCUGGGAAGUGUGUUCGGCUUCAUUUCCAAGGAUGCUGUCAACAAGAUCAAGAUCCUGGUCGCUCUCCUGGAAGGUGAGAACGGGUCUCACUACGCCACCGUCCAGUCAAUGGUCAAAUAUGAGCUGGACAACAACCUGGUGGACCUGACCAAGAGAGGCAGCCACCCAGAGUCCGGCUGCCGCACUCUGCUGAGGCUCCACCGUGCCCUGAGGUGGCUGGAGCUCUUCCUGGAGCGCCUCCGCACCAGCAGCGAGGACAGCAAGACUUCUGUCAUGUGUUCAGAAGCCUACAAUGAGUCUCUCUCCCAGCACCACCCUUGGGUGGUGCGUACAGCUGCGGGCAUGGCGUUCUGCGUGCUCCCAGGGCGUCCUGCUUUCUUUGAAGUGAUGAACGUGGGCCCUCCGGAGAAGGUGGUGGCCAUGCUGGGGGAGGCUCUACCUCUAAUCUCUGAGGUGUACCAGAUCACUGAGGAACUUUACGCUCAGCACAACCUGCUCGACUUACCAUAGAGACAAAAGUACUAUUAUUAUUAUUAUUAUUUGCCACUUCAAACAUUACACUAUAAAAUAUGAAGGGCUGUCGAGUUAGCUGCUACAUCUGUUUGGUGGUUUAAGGGUUCACUCUCUGUACACUGUUAAUAAUUAAUGGAGCGUAAUUUCAUUGAUUCAGCACUUAUUGUGUUUCUAUUUCUUAUUUAUAUCAAACUACUGGUAAUCAUAAUGUUGCAUGUUUAUCUUUCCUCUUUAUAACAGACCUCUGAAUGAUCUUUUUCAUUUAACUCUGGCUUGUAGAUUUUUUAAUUUAAGUAGACGAGGGGACAGUGGGGCUAAGACGAUCUUAGCUCACUGCUAACAGCUCUUUGAUUUCAUUAUUUAUCCAAAUAUAAGUAAAAGAAAAUCAGUGCAUCUAAUUUGAUGAUUGAUUAAUCGUUGAAGUAUUUUUUUCAAGCAAAAACACUAAAUAUUUGAUUGUUUCAGGAUCUGAAUUGUAAAUGAAAUUUGCUUCUUUUCUUGGUCUAACUUAAUUUUCAAUUAAUUAUUAUUUGUUUUUUACAGAUUUGAUCAUCAGGAAAUUGAUAAUGGUAGUAUUGUAGUCGAAAAUGAAAAUAGACGUUAGUUGCAGCUCCAUUUAGAACUGAUUCCAAUCAUAAUUUUGUGCACUAUAGUAAUGCUGAUAUUAAAUAAUUAGGCCAUUUUUUGACAUUCUUAAACCAUAUUUUAUUCAAAUAUUGACAGAUUGAUCUCAUACUAGAUUAUCUGAUACCGGAUGACACCAGAUAUUGCAUAAUUUACUUUUCUUGUUCAAAAAAUACAGAUAAAAUCACCACUUCAGUGACAGAAAAGUCGAAAUGUGCCAACAGUAUUAAAUUUAUUCGAGAGAUAAAAAAUGAAAACAUACUCCUAUAUAAUAUAAGGAGGCAGAAGCGGUGGAAUAAUGUGGAUACUUAAAUUUAAAAAACACAUAUAGCAGUUUAAAGGCCAGUCUAAACACUGCCACAUUUUUACUUUAAGGACAAAAAUAUGUAAUGUUGCUUUAGAAAUGAUUUUUUAAUAAAUUAUGAAACAAACUCUUAGUAGUGAUCUCAGGGUUUCUAACCCCACUGUUUAUGAUCUCAGUGCAAUUGUUCAUUUAAUUUAUAAAUGACAAAAUAUGCUGUUAUUCUCUGUCUGACGUCUCUGGUGUUUUGUUUUACAGGAAUGUACUGUACGAUAUAUAUUAUAUAUUAUAUAUAUUAUCAUUAAUUCAAACAGAAUUUAUAACUAGUGCAGCUUAAUGUAAAAACAAACAACUUGGUUGAUGAUUGUAAAUUUGUGUUAUGGUUUGAUAAUUAAUUAUUGAUUAAUUUUGUUACCUGUUGUCUAAAUUAAAUGAAGACAUGUUGUAGGUCAA